CACAGAUUGUGCGUUGAUCUGUCAGGCUGAGAGAGCUAAGAGGCCGCUGGAGACUGGGAGCUGCCUGAGAGGUGCCACAGCUUCUUCUAUUGUAUAUCCCUGGUCGCUUUUUAAUGCGAGUAGUCAUCAUCCUUUUCAACCAUGUCUUACAAUACAACACGGGACUGGUCACAGCUUGCGCAGACCAUAUCUGCCAACAUUCAGAAAAUCACACAGUCCUCUUCUGAAAUUCAGAGGAUAGUGAAUCAACUUGGAGCUGUACAAGACACUCCAGAAUUAAGGAAUCAAUUACAACAGAAGAAACAAUAUACAAACAAGCUUGCCAAGGAAACUGACAAAUGCAUGAAAGACUUGAGCUCUCUGCCUCUGGAUAGUGAUCAGAGGCAGAGAAAAUUACAGAAAGAUCGUCUUGUAAAUGAAUUUACAGCUGCACUGACAAAUUUUCAGAAGAUUCAAAGACAAGCUGCUGAAAAAGAGAGAGAUUUUGUAGCCCGAGUGCGUGCAGGCUCAAGAGUGUCUGGAGGCUUACCAGAUGAUGGUCACAAGGAAGGAACCCUGGUCACGUGGGAAAAUGAAGGGCAAGCACAAGCAACAAUGCAAGAGGAAGAAAUCACUGAAGAUGACAUGCGACUGAUUGAAGAACGGGAGACUGCUAUAAUGGAGCUGGAGGAAGAUAUCAGAGGCAUUAAUGACAUAUUUAAAGACUUGGGAAUGAUGGUGCAUGAGCAAGGAGAAAUGAUAGACAGUAUAGAAGCCAACGUUGAGAGCGCUGAUGUACAUGUACAGCAAGGAAAUCAGCAGUUGGCCAGAGCUGUAGAAUAUCAGCGCAAAUCCAGAAGAAAGAUAUGCAUUAUCAUCGCUGUAGUAGCGGUCCUGGGAACCAUUCUUGGAUUGAUUAUCUGGGGAGCUACAAAAAGCUAAAAGCCAGGAUGCCCCCAAAACAGCACUUCAUUCUUCCCAUCUUUAUUUCCUAAAUGAAUAGGCAGCUUUUGCAUAUUCUGAAGAUUAACUAAUCUGACCAAUGUAUAUAGUAGUUUUGUUUUAUUGCUGCUUAUGUUGCCUGGUCUUUCUACUGUCACCUGUAUGUUUGUUGCUGAAUUGUAUAUGUGACAUCUUUGUAAAAAUAUUAGUAGAGAGACAGCAGUAUAUGUCAUUAUAUUUCCUUAUAACAUGAACUGGUACCUUUCUAAUUUGUUAAAAAAAUUGUACUAAACCACAAUCUAUCACUCCUGAUUUGUUGUUGCUGCGACAUGACAUGCCAAAUAAUUUGUUUUACUUUGUAGUUAGGUAGUUCUUGUCAGCUUCUACAUUAAUUAUGUGUCAAAUGUAUUCAUUUGCUUUUAAAAAAAGAAAACCCAAUACAAUGCUUUUAUUUAGUUGCACAUUUUACUGUUUUGCGAAACUAGCUUAAAGGGAUAUGAAAGUGCUCAUUUAGUAAAAAUAAAAAAUAUAUGUGAAAUCAAAGUAAACAUUAAAAAAACAGUGUGUGUUAAUAAACAGCAAACAACUUUCUUGUUUUCUUGCAAAAUGAGCUCUUAGAAAUUCUCAGUUGAAUUCUGCCUCUUCUGAGCAUGGGCAGAAGCUGACUUCCUGUCUCUCUCUCUAGCUUUUACUGAAUAAUUACUCAUGUUACUAUAGAAGAUGUAUGACAUCAAGCUAGAUAUCCCUUCCUGUUGGGUUGUGACAGAAAGUAAUGGACACUUCACAAAGAAGUAAAAAAAUAAAAUCCUUUUAAAAUUAUGUAUACAUAUUUCAAUUAUUUCUAUUAAGUAUAAGCCCCUGCUUAGUGCUUUUUUAUUACGACAAUGAAACAGACGGUUUUAUAUCCCUUUAAGCUUGCAGUUUUUCACAAAAUGUCUUCUGUGUAUUGUUUCUUUUUUGUAUAUAUUGUUUUCAUAUAAAAACAGAACUACAGACUGAAAUUUUAUUUAAAAGUCAUUAUUUUAGAGAACAACUUUGUAACUUUUGCUGCGUCAAUUCAAUUGCAGCUUUCCUUUCUUUUUUUGUUUUAGUGUUUAUUAAUUAAAGGUUGUCUGUGCCUUUACAUGUGUGUUUAACUGCACAUAUUUUAUAUCUUUUCUAAUAAUAUUUUCAAAGAGAUUAUUUAAAGCAAGCACAAUUUUUUUUUUAUUUCAAAUUUGCAUUGAUCAUAAAAAUAUUUUGAUUUGUAUUACAUUUUAUUUUUUGGUUGUUAUAAGUGGUUUUAUAAAAGGUGGAAGGAUGUGUAGAUAUGUAAGCUGUUCAAAAAGCAUUUGCAUUAUUUUAUCAAAAAGCUUUUUUUUUUCGUUUGACAAUGUUCUGUAAUACUUAGAGCACUACAUCUGCUCAUCGUAAAAACGAGUUACCUAGUUAUACUGUAUAUAACACCUUUUGUAUUCUGUAUAUAGACCAAUAUAGCAAUCAGUCUGUGAAACUAAAUUAUUAAAGGGACAGUCUAGCCCAAAAUAAACUUUCAUGAUUCAGCUAGAGCAUGUAAUUUUAAACAAUUUUCCAAUUUACUUUUAUCACCAAUUUUGCUGUGUUCUCUUGGUAUUCUUAGUUGAAAGCUUAACCUAGGUGCUUCAUAUGCUAAUUUCUUAGACCUUGAAGCCCACCUCUUUCAGAUUGCAUUUUAACAGUUUUUCACCACUAGAUGGUGUUAGUUCACGUAUUUCAUAUAGAUAACACUGUGCUCAUGCACGAGAAGUUAUCUGGGAGCAGGCACUGAUUGGCUAGACUGCAAGUCUGUCAAAAGAACUGAAAAAAGGGGCAGUUUGCAGAGGCUUAGAUACAAGAUAAUCACAGAGGUUAAAAGUAUAUUAUUAUAACUGUAUUGGUUAUGCAAAACUGGGAAAUGGGUAAUAAAGGGAUUAUCUAUCUUUUAAAACAAUAAAAAUUCUGGUGUAGACUGUCCCUUUAAGCACAUUGCCAGUUUUAUUCAGUUUUCUCCAUUCAUUAUGUAAAUCUUUCAUUCAGAGGCUUCCUAGUUGAGUGUUUUUUUUUGUCAUAUAUGCAAAUGACCCAUGGCAGUUUUACCUCCCUAUGGAUGAUGGGGGAUUUAGAUGUGGACCUCUUGUGUACUUUAGAGAGAUAUAUAUGUGUACCUCUACAAACAAGAGCUAUAUAGGCCAAAAUGUACUUCUAAGGUUAGUUGUACAAAUCCUUCAUUUACCGAUUCUCACUUGAGCUCUUCUUUUGUCUUGUCUUGAUUGUAUGUCUGGCCAUCUUCCUUCCCAUUUUUUACAAUCGUAAUUACUCUAAUUUAUCCUUUUAUUCUAUGAACGAUAUGAGUAGCUAUACUAUAUGUUGACGGUUUAUUUUGUGCCCUGUGAUCCAAAAUGAACUAUUGUAGUUUAGUGCUCAUAUCUAAAUUAUUUGUAGCUGUGGAGAACAAAAAGGAAAUAGCAGAAAGGCCUAUACACAAUUUCUUUAGCAUAUUAGAACCAGGUUUCCUAUCUGGUGGUUUAAUUACUCUGGAUAGUCUUAGAUUAGUGAAAUAAUUUUAAAACUGAGAAGGUUCAUGUUUUAAAGGGACAUUAAACUAAAGAUUUCUAUCAUACAUAUAAAAAUAAACUAAAUUUUAAAAAUAUGUUUGGCUUGGAAAAAGCUUGUUAAAGCCGUUUAUAUAAAAAGCAAAAAGAAAGUGCAUAUUGGUGCAAUAAUGGUCUGUGGGAUAGAAGAUCACAGUUGUUUGACAGCAACACUUCACAAGCAUGAACAAAAAAUGUUUUUCUCUCGUUACAGGAAAAUCCAUGAAAAAAAAAUGUAAACUCCCUAUUUUAGUUGCCGAAGGGAGAAAUUCGCUUUAAGAGACUUAAAGUGAAUGUCAAUUUUUCCGGUAUGGAUGAUAUAUUUAUGUAGACAAUCAUCCUAUUAAGCAUACCGCCAAUAUUAUUUUUUAAUAAAACUAUUAAUUUGUUUUUAAUUUUAUAUAGUAAAUAUCGUUCAUUUACUUUACCCGCUCCUCCCACUCACUGUUUCCUUAUUCUCCUCCAUAUUACGUAUACAGCGGUCCCACCCGCUGUUUACGUAUCGGCAAUGCGCGCUCCCGUUUAAGUCUGCCAUUGCGCAUGCGUUACUCCUGUUUCCGCUGUCAAACAACAUAGUAUUCAUUGAAUCAGUACAUUCAAUGAAUACUAUUGUUGCGAAGCGAAGGACAGGAUCUCCUACCCCCAGCCUGUAAUACCGCCAAUUAGAAGUAAAAUACUCUGUAUACUAGUCUAUACUACUAUACUAAAAAAACUCUGUAUACUAGUCUAUUGCGCAUGCGCGAAAUGUGCACUCGCUUACGCUAACGAGCUGAGAACCACAAUAGAACGCAAGCGCAAGAAGGACUCAUUACGUCAUCCUAAGGGGUUGGGUCACCCUGUGGUUAGAGCCGUUAUUGGCUCGGAAGACGUCCAUUAUAAUCAACACGGACGGAGCGCGAAUGCCGGGUGGAGGAUGAGAAUAACGGGAAACAACAUAAAUUAUUAAAAAUAAAGGUAUAUAUUUAAAUAUUUACAAAUUGAUGAAUGAAACUCCAGUUUUUUAUAAACAACUGUUACAGAGAACCUUAGUCAUUAAGCUGACUUUACAUUCACUUUAAAAAUGAGAUCAUACUUAUUAUACUCCAUAAAGCUAUUGUCUGGAACGUACUUUUUUUUUCUCUUGGUCUAGCUGCUCCUACGUAUUAAAUAGGGUACUUUUUCAAUUUAAGUGUCGUUUUUAGUAAGUGGCAAGAUCCUUGAGACAUGUUAGCUAUCAUAAAUUGAGUUAUAAAAUAUUAAAUUAAUUAAAUUAUAUGAAAACCCUUACAAAUAAUAGGUAAAAGCAAUUUAAAAAGUCUGGUUUAUCUUUAAUAAAGCUUCUUGUUAUCAGACUGUGGGUCUCACUGAGUAUAACAAAUUGUUAUAGUGAAUCUAGAUUCUAAUGUUGCCAAAUGUAUGAUUAGCAUAUGUAUAGAAUAGUUAAUGCUUAUUGUGAUCUGAACAAAACACUAUUUGUGCCAUAUAUUUUUGCAUUUUUUAAACAGGUUGGACAAAUGAAUGAAGAUGCAAAAAAAUCAUGCACAAUUCUUUCUGUAUGAUAUUUAUGUUUGAUUAAAAACAAAAGGCAUCAAUUUUGUCUACUGACUUGUAAUGUUUGGAUUGGAAUUAACAUGUAAACUAACUGAAAAUGUAACAUCAUACUUUUAAAUAUUAAAGCAUUAAACAGUU